AUGCCGCUCCUGGACCACCAAGGUGGACAUCGUCUGGCUGAGGGACUGUGCCAUGACUUUCAUCUCCCGGAAGGCGAGCAAUCAGACAUCCACAUCGACAACUCAUUUCAGACUGUGCAAAUAAUGAUUGGAGUGGUGGUUUUCUUAUUUGGCAUCAUACGCAGCAUCAAUAACAUUAGCAAUUACCGAGAUAUUUCUGUCAUUAGUGGCAUAACCUACUGGGGAUCCCUUGUUUACAUCACUGCUGGAUCUCUGUCUGUUGCUGCGCAGAAUAAACUUCACCUGUGUGUGGUAAAAGCCUCUCUUGUAAUGAAUGUGUUCAGUGCCAUGACUGCAGCGACCGCCAUUGUUCUGAUGUCCAUAGAGUUAAAACUCAUUUCCAGAGAACGUUGCCACCCUUACAGUUUUGAUAUUGAUUGUUUCUAUUUUAAGGUACGAAAUGUACAAAACUAUAUCAAUGUGAUUUAUAUGUUGUUGGGGUUUUUUUUGAAAUAUAGUCUGGGUAUCACUGGAAUAUUGCUGGUGUUCUCCAUCCUUCAGUUCAUCAUCUCCAUCUGUAUCUCAGGAUUUGCCUGCAAAGCCACACACAACGCCGACUCUACAGUGGUCAAUGUGACACUAAACCAGCCUUUUCCCUACUGCUAG